CUUCACACAUCACAGAAGUGCAUCGGAAAGACAGAAUGGAUGCUAUUUUGAUGCAUGUGGAAAGCAGGGUGCUUUUUUGUGCAUGUAACUUUUUGGUAUAAGUUAGAAGAAGGAAACCAAAACAAUUCUUCUGAAAUACGUCCAAUUAUCACACUGUUCUUUCAGUGAUGGAUGGGAAACGCUCUGUGCGAAGAUGUCCUGCUCAAGCACCACCAGAUUUUCAAGAUAACUCUAAUGAGCAAGGUAGUAGUACCAGGGGAACAAGAGGAUCAGGCAAGACCCAGACAAACAGCUGGUACCUGCUUAAUUCUUCAGGAGGUGAUCCCAGGACAUCAGCUACCUCAUCUAGCCAGAUGUCUUCAAUUUACGAUCAGGGAGAAGAAAAUGGGCCAGGAGGUUUUACCAGAGAAGUCAUUGCCGGUGAGAGUUGCUAUAGCCACUUCUCAUCUAAUUCUACAGCUUCAUCUGAAAGGAGUACGCUGAAAACCAUAUGCUGCAUUCCCAGCCUUAUUGUAUAUUCUAUUUUCUGCUUUCUUCGAAAACUUUUACAAUCCUGCUGCUGUGCAAGAAACCAAAAUCCUAUGGCAGACUGUGUGAAAUGCUUGACAUUCCUCAUCAUAGCUGUCUCAGUCAUUUAUGGUACCGUUUACUGCAUUUGUCAAUAUCUGCAAUUAUCAGAUGGCCUAUCAUCAAAGGAACUUACAAAAGUGUAUGAAACUGAGCUGAAUGAACUCUGGAAAUCACAACAUCUGCUUGAAGAACAAUUCCAUGAAAUUCAGGGUCUUAAAAAAGAGAUGGAUCACAUGCAUUCUGAGAUCGGCAGCAUCAGGAAAGGCAUCUUACAGUCCACAAAGCAAAUCCUUGAGGAAAGUGACUUUCCAGGAGACAAGAAAGAAAUGUUUGAUAUACUCCAUUUGGCUUUUAAGAAGAUUUUUGAAGACGACAUACAGAUGGCUGACUGGGCUCAAAAAUCAAUAGGAGCCACGAUUGAUAAAGACAGGACAUCCAAGACUUACGAUUUUUUGCACCAGGAAUACUGUUGGUUUCCAUUUAUCUCCUCAGCCAACCCCCCUGAAACUAUUUUACAGCCGGAUGUUAACCCUGGAAACUGCUGGGCGUUCUCAGGAUCAGAGGGCCAAGCAGUAAUUAAACUGCCUGAAAAAGUCCAACUCACAGCCGUUACAGUUCAACACAUCUCGAAAGCAAUAGCUUUUUCGGAAGGAAUCACAAGCGCCUUAAAAGAUUUCUUGGUUUAUGGGCUAAAUGAUGAAACAAAAGAGGAGAUCCUGCUGGGAACAUUCAUGUAUGAUACUGAGAAAGAAUUAAUUCAGACAUUCCAACUGAAGAAUGAACAGGAGAAGGCGUUCCAGUAUGUAAAAAUCAAAGUGCAGAGCAAUUGGGGAAAUCCGGAGUACACCUGUAUUUAUCGAGUCAGGGUGCAUGGAAGGAUGGCCAAUAUAAACCUUUUGGGCAAGCAAGUGGAUGAAAUCUCCCAAGAUAAAUAAAGAAAAACAGGAAUAUGAACAUUUAUACUGAGCAAGUGUGAAGAGCACAUAGAAUUUGCUCUAGCUUUUCCCAGGGGAGAAUGGAAAAGAAAACAUGAGGACAUACUAAUGAUGUUCAGUUAUUUGACUAACAGAUUUCAAUUUGAUUUGAGUUGAAAAUUCAGUUAGAUUAACGCAAAGGCAUGGAAUUGUUAAACUAAUCUGAGUUGCAUGAAUACUUUUGAUUCUGUCCAAUCUCUCAAAAAGAUGAGAUGACUGGAGGUGAUCUCCCAAUAAAUAUUUUGUCCAGAUUAUAA